CCCCGCAGUUUCCUACAGUAGCUCACUCCGCGCAAGCUUCAAUACAAACACUUCUCCCCUAUAGAACCCGUUUUCCACAAUGGCCGACACAGGACUUCCAGCAGGAUGGGAAGUUCGCCAUUCGAACUCCAAGAACCUCCCCUAUUACUUCAACCCCUCCACAAAGGAAUCUCGCUGGGAACCACCUUCUGAGACAGAUACUGAGAAGCUGAAAGUCUACAUGGCGCAAAACCACACCCCCGUGUCGCGCCCUGAUGCCUCAGGCGAAGGCGAGGGCAAGAUUCGCUGCAGCCACUUGCUCGUCAAGCACCGCGACAGCCGUCGCCCCAGCAGCUGGAAGGAGGCAGAAAUUACCCGCACGAAGGAGGAGGCAAUUGAGAUCCUGAAGGCCCAUGAGCAGCGAAUCCAGUCCAGUGAGACCAGCCUUGGCGACCUUGCAGUCUCCGAGUCCGACUGCAGCAGUGCUCGCAAGAAGGGAGACCUUGGCUUCUUUGGCCGCGGCGAGAUGCAGAAGGAGUUCGAAGAUGCCGCUUUCGCCUUGCAGCCUGGCCAGGUCAGCGGUAUCGUGGAGACAGCUUCUGGAGUGCACCUCAUCGAACGUGUCCAAUAAACCCGCUCCUCUGCUCAUUCCUCGAUUUAGUUUGUGGGCAGACGAAAAAUUUCUAAUCGCAUCUAUGCCCUGAUGACCCUUGGUCGCACGUCUUGGGAAAAAUUUUGAACAGAAAAUAAACUACGAAAAUGAAAUUACGUCCUUGUCCCUCUUUGUUUACCGAAGAUGCCUUUUUCGGAUAGGAACUAUUAAACAGCAACGUCACAAUGGUCCUUGUGGAGAACAGCUGUUGUGUCUUCAAGAAGAGCAA